AUGGAGGAGGAGAAAAUGGUGUUUAGCAACAUUGUGGAACCUGUACUGUUAUCUCAAGGUGGACCUGAUUGGGAUAAGCCUCUUUUCUGAAAUCAAGAGACAUUUUUGGAGGGGUUUAAGAAAGUUGCAUUAAGUGCAGCUGAACGGCUUGAGGAGCAACCUGUCAUUGUUGGUCAUAGCGAAUACACCUUUGAUGGAUCUGGUGUUAAGAGACUACUAUCCAACAAGUUUGAAUUUGACAAGACUUUGAAUUCAGUUGUAGAGAAUUUGCCUAAAGAUAAGAAUGGAAAAAUUUCAAAGGAGUAUCUACGGCUAGCACUAGAUGGAGUGUCUCCAUCUGCUGGAUUACCACCAUUUGGUGCAAUUGAAGAGAUGGAUAAGGUUAUUGGAGAAGUGUUCAAGAUGAUGAAUGCAGAUGAUGCAAAGAUGGUUAAAGAAGAUGAAUUCAAGAAAGUGUUAACUGAAAUACUAGGAAGUAUUAUGUUGCAGCUUGAGGGAAAUCCCAUAUCAGCUUCUUCCAACUCUGUAGUGCCUGAGCCUCUUGGUUCUUCUUCUUCACUUCUCAAGCCAUCAACUACUGAAACAGCAGCAUAACCUCCUCCCAAGUAUAUAUAUAUGACACUUAAGAAAUAAUAAUCAUAUCAUAAUAAUAUAUAACAUAUGGAAACUAUUAAUUAGUAGCAUGACUUGUCAAGUUUGUAUUAUGCUGUGGGGAUAUUUAUGAAUGUGGAAACUUAGAAAAUGUCAUGGAGAUGGAAGAGUUAUUAGUCAGCAAUCACUUCCUGGUUUAUUUGGGUAUGUUGAUCAUCACUUCCUGUUGUACUGUGCAGAAAUUAGGCUGUUUUAUCAUGGCAUAAAAAAAGAAAAAUAAAAAUUGCAUUUUAAUCCAUGUGGUUUUGUGCUUCCUAAAGUUGUAUUGUAAUGGCCAAAUGAUAUUACCUCACGCAUAACCACAAUCAUUGUAAAAAUAAUCUGCAGCCAUGAUCUCCACACAUUGCCUAAUUUA